AUGGGAGCAGAGUUAACUCGCUGCUUCAAAGAAACUGAGAGAAGGUUGGGGGAGUGGGGUUCGUGUUUCACAGGCAGGGAAACUGAGGCUCAGAAAGGCUGGGUACCUCUGGAGAGUCACCUCCAGAUCAGACGUAGUCUGUCGGGACAGCUGGGCACACCCCUGCCCCGGAAGCCACUCGCAUCUCCGCUGUUAUUCCAGCGCUUCUCACGAGCGCAGCCCGCAGCCUCCCCAGGGCCACCAGGCUCUCCUCCCCUGGGGCUCGCCCGGCCCCUCAGGACCAGCCAGGGCGGUCCUGCAAAGUGCGAAGCUGUAGAUCCCGCGCCCGCCACUCACCUUCACGUCAGUCCUCCGGGGUUCGGGGUCCGCGCCGCAGUCGGGGCCGCCGCGCACAGACGCGCAUCGCCCGGAGCAGCGCCGGGGCGGGCGGCCUCUCCUCCCGCCAGAAAGUUUCCGGGGGGCUCCCCGGGCCGGGUCGGCCCCUCGCACGAGUCUCAGCGUGCGCCGCGCACCCCGGCCUCGGGCCUCUCCCAAGGGCCGCCGCCGGCCCCGGCCCCACAAUGA